AUUAAUUCAAUAUCUAUUUUAAAAAAUCCCUAAAAUCUAACCCUUAGAUGAUGGUUCAUUCACUUAAUUGCUUUUCUUCCUUCCAUUCUUGUGCUAAGCCUCUCUGAAUCUCUUGUAUUCAUUUCUUAAUUGGGUUUUUUGUUUGCCAUCUCAUUUGUUUCCUUUUAUUAUUAUUAUUAUUAUUAUUAUUAUUUAAAUUUCAUUCUUCUUCAAUUUUCACUCUUUUUUUUGUCUGUGUUGUAAUGAAAGACACCUGUACGGCUAUACAACCUGGCAACCUUUGCGAUGCUGGAGUUGCAGAGCUAUCCAACUUAGCCAACAGCACCUUGUUACAUCCUCACGUCAUCACAGUCAACUGUCCCGAUAAAACCGGUCUUGGAUGCGAUAUUUGUCGAAUAAUUCUCGAUUUCGGUCUUUACAUCACCAAAGGAGAUGUUUCAACCGAUGGGAUAUGGUGCUACAUCGUGUUCUGGGUAGUUCCCCAUUUGAGCUCACCUUUUAUGAGAUGGCCAAGCUUGAAGAACCGCCUUCAAUCCGUAUGUCCCUCUUGUUCAACUUCGUUUUACUUGAACACACAGCCUACACGCGCCAGCUCUUCUCCAGUAUACUUGUUGAAGUUCUUUUGCCUUGACAGAAAAGGAUUGUUACACGAUGUUACACAGGUUCUGUGUGAGCUUGAGCUUACAAUUCAAAGGGUGAAAGUGACCACCACCCCUGAUGGAAGAGUUCUGGACCUUUUCUUUAUAACAGAUAACAUGGAGCUUUUACACACAAAAGAACGACAGGAAGACACAUAUAACCAAUUAAAUGCUGUGUUGGGUGAAUCUUGUAUCAAUUGUGAACUAAAGUUGGCAGGUCCUGAAUAUAGUUGUCACCAGUGUUUCUCUUCUCUUUCUCCUGCUGUUACUGAAGAACUGUUUCAGUCAGAGCUUUCGGGUAACAAAAUUCGUUCACAAGCUCUUAGCCCAGAUAUGUCGAAAUUGAAGAAAGCCAAUGUAACCGUAGACAAUUCAUUAAGCCCAGCCCAUACACUGCUUCAGAUAAAUUGCGUGGAUCACAAGGGUCUAUUUUAUGAUGUGCUGAGAACUUUGAAAGAUCACAAUAUUAAGGUAUGAAUUCCUUUAUCCCAUAAAAUUAUCCUAUGACAUUUUAAUGUUCUAUUAGUUUCUCAAAUUAUUAGUUCUUGGUUUGGAUUACUCUCAUCUGAUGUACCCAUUUGGUUUGCCAGUUUACCUAAUGGAGGAAGUGGUUUCCCUUCUUUUUAGUUUUUUUAUUAGUUUGUGGUGUGGUUUGAUAAGCAGCUCAAAAAUCAUUUGCAUAAUGGCAUGAAUUUGCUGAAGGCAAUUUAUUUGGAGUUUUAUUUCACCAUUAUACAUGGUUCUGUCUGGACAAAGGGAACUAAAAAUAGAUUGCCUUGCCUAAGCUGUUUACUAAUCUGAAGGUUUAAGAUGCAUCUAUUAGCAUUUUAGCUUAUUGUUCUACAUCUCUUCUGUCCUUAACCAGAAAUUGUUGGACAGCUGUUGAACUGUAGUUAUGCAGUUAUGCUG